AGCUGUAGCUGUAUUUUCAUUGGUCAAUUCUUGUGGCGCGGUCUCUGGUCGGUUUUCGAGGAUCAAUUCUUGGUACAGUUUUGGUAGAGGACGUGGUGAAAAAGGACUAGCAGAGGAUGGUUUCGAUCCAUCGACCUCUGGGUUAUGGGCCCAGCACGCUUCCGCUGCGCCACUCUGCUCUGGAAUGCUUUAACAAAGGAUUUUGUUCAUAAACCUGAGGGGGUGUUGCAGCAUCCUCAUCACUCCUAGUUCCUGUGGCUAUGCCUGGAAUGGCUCAAGAAGGAGGCUAGACUGUUCUGGAGUGGCCAGCGAAGAGUUCAGAUCUGAAUUACAUCCCUAACCUAUGGCGAGCGCUGAAAACAACAGUUGGUGGAGGGCACCCCUAAAACAUUGAAGAAUUAGAGCAGUUAUCUUGGUCAAAGGCUGUUGACUGGGUGCCAAUAACUUUACCCAUGCCAUUUGUCAUUUUCUAAAUUAAAAUUGUAAACUUAAGUUUACAAAAAUACAAUUGGUUCUGCAGUGUUGAAAAUCCAAUAACAAGGUGUGGAGACCAAACGUUUUUUUUCUUCAAUUUCAACUUAUUAGAGAAGAAAUAGGUCAUUCUUUAAGAAAGUUGCAAGGGUGCCUAUAUAUUUGGCCACAAUUGUAUGAUUGAAUUGUUGACAACACACUAUAUUAUGCAACAUAAAUGGGUUAAACCACAUUUCAUGCCCCAUGGGGUCAAUAAUCAAUAUUCAGACUAAAGGUUGCCUUUAAAAUAAUACCUGUAAUAGUAAUAAAAUAAAACACUUUUAUUAUCUCAAAAUGUAGUCUGAACAUGUGGGAAACAUGAUGGAAAUUCAAGAAAAACAUUUUGGUGGAUAUUGCACACUAUACACCACCUGAAAACGCAUUCAUUUCAAUGUAAUUGAAUAUUCAUGUUUUGUCACACAAAAUUACCAUAUUUUUCCCAAAUUCAACAUCAGUCCUCAUUUAACAAUGCUUACCUAACUAUGAAAGCCAUUGAAGCAGACCUAAAGUAAUUUAUUUAAUAUAUAUAUUUUUAUAAGCAAAAAUGUUAUGCAAAUUGCAAUUCUAAUCCUGCUUGACUUCUCAACCGCCUGGUAGAGCUCUGUAAUUUCCAAAUUAAACAUAAAGUUGAAAAAGUUUUUAUUUUAGUUGUUCAUAAUAGGAAUUUACAGUGAAAUAACACAUUUUGUUCAACGUGUUUUUCAAGAAGUGACAGUUAAGAUGUGGCUUUGUUUUUGUACAAAAGCGCAGGUGGAUUGCCACUCUAACAGCUGUGCACGGGCUAAAAAAACAAGACCAAAACAUCUCUGCCCUCCUUUCAACCCUGCCAGCUGUCUUUCUGGUAAACAUCUUAAAUGUAUUGCAAUUUCUAAGACGCUGGAGAGUGUAACCUACAGCGAUCUAGUGUAACAGCCAGCUAGCUCCAGUCCUGCGUUUUGGGAUGGAUCUGUUGGAGCCCCCCGCGCCGAUGAAUGAUCAUGCUGCUUCUCCUCCUUCGGUGUCCAAAUCCAAGAACUGCGAUCUGUCCCCGGCUAUGAGAGCCAAGAUCGAACGGAACAGACAGCGGGCUGUGAUGCUGAGGCAAGCCCGCCUGGCCAGCAGACCAUCGGCUGGAGAGGGGGGUGGAACCUCGGCUAAAGUCGCCAAGACAGUCGACUCUGGUGGAGGGUUCUUCAUUGAUGAAGAAGAGGAGGAGCAAAGGACAAAGAAAGUGGUGCAUCAACCAGCCCCGGUGAUAGAGGCAGACUACCUGGUGUGUGAUCACUGUGACAAGUCGUUUAUGGAUUCCUACCUUAGCAACGGCUUCGAUCUGGCAGUCUGUGACAACUGCAGAGACUACGAGGUGAAACACAAGCUGAUGUCCCGUACGGCGGCAAAGCAGCUCUACCUACUGAAGGACUGUGAUCUGGACCAGAGGGAGCCAGUGCUGAGGUUUGUCCUGAGGAAGAACCCACACAACCCUCACUGGGGAGACAUCAAACUCUACCUCAAGCUGCAGGUGGAGAAGCGCUCCUUAGAGGUGUGGGGCUCCGAGGAGGCCCUGGAGGAGGCCAAGGAGUCCAGAGAGGAGAACAGGGAGGUGCAGAAGCAGAAGCGCUUCAACAAAAAGGUCAAAGAGCUGCGUUGUGCGAUGAGGAGCAGCGUGUGGACAAAGGGAACCAAUGUUCACCAGCACCAGUACUGCCCUGAGGAACUAGUGGAUGAAGAGGAGGAUCUCUACAGGAAGGUCUGUAACACCUGUGGACAUGAACUGACCUAUGAGAAGAUGUAGCCUGGUGUCCUUUAAAGUUCGUUUUUUGUGGACCACUGGUAGACACCGGACGCGUAAACUGACAUUCAAAUGACUGUUACCUUGUACUUGACACAUGCCUUGAAGCGAGGAGGCCUACCUGAAAUCAUGUCUCAGUACAUGCCAUACACAAUACAGAUAUACAUCAAUAUUUAUCUCUUACAAUCUGUUGUGUUGUGCUCAGAAGAUGGUGAUAGUUGUUAUACUAUAAAAUAUCAACUGUUAAUAUGCUUAACUUCCCUUUUCUAUAGACCAUUUGUAAAAUCAUGUAAUAUGUCAAAGGAUCUGCAUGUCUGAAAUUACUUUUGUAAUUGUAAUGAAAAAUACAUAUUUUUCCAUAAUGUGAUCACUUUUUUUGCAAUAACUUGAACAUUUAGUUGGAUUACUGUGGAUGGAUAAAGACAGGAUACAAUCCGGAGCGCGGAAGAUCCACGUUGUAGCGGUAAAUUAACUUGCGUCAUUAUUCUGAGGUUGGUGGUUCAAUCCCCAUUUGCUAUUUUUCACAAUUAAAAAUAUUUAAA